AUCAUAUCAUUGAAACACGAGUUACACACGCGGGGUAUUUUUUUGUUUCAAACCAGGCAACGCUUGGUCACUGUCACACCUCCCCGUCAUUUAACCCCCAUGGCGACAUUUCCUUUUUGGAAAACUUUUGCCACGUUUUAUUUAUGCUCUCUUUUAAAAAUGGAUCUUUGUCAGUCUCUCUGAAGUUAUACCAGUUCCCUUUAGGUUCAUUGUGUGAUCAGCCAGAUGGAGUGGAGGGGCCACAAACCCUCCCACCCAAAGGUUAUUUUGAACGUAGGGCACAGCUCUGCCUGAACAGGGCCCCGGGAAACACACCCGUUGGGUCUCAGUCUGCCCGAAAAGAACAAAAGGUAUACCCUCCCCGGAUUUACCCUAAAACAAAUGCCAGCGAGUUCGUGCUUGGGAAAAAAAAACCCAGUUCACAGCGUGUCCAAAUUUCUGUCAAUUCCCUGCAGUUUCAUCUGUUAACUUUCAAGCCCCGGCAAAUCCAAAACCUGCAUAUCAUCUCUUUUCCCGGUAAAAAAACAUAUUUGAGGAGGGGGAUGGAACAUGGAGAAGAUUUCGGCAGAAACACAGGGGGGAUUUGUCCCGAACUUGGUUUGGUAAUUUGUAAAAAAACAUGGGUGGGCCCUUGUAAGAACCCAUUUGGGGGGGAUUUGAAAAGGGAAACACGGUGGUGA